CAUGCCAGUCCAAGCUCACUUUGUGAUUGCCAAUUGAACCCUCACUAUGUUUCAGAUGCAAGUUGUAAGUUUGUAAUCCAACCCUCCAUCAACUUCAUUCUGUUUCCUGCUUCGCUGGGUCGAUUCUCUUCUUGCCAAUGGAAUGUGAUCACUUCUGCGUUUCAUAGGGGGCAUAUAGUGUCCGUGUCGGCAUUACAUUUCACCAUGACUAUGGUUUGGAUUCUAUUUUCACUGGUUUUCUCUUUUGGGCUGCUCUCAACUGGUGUUGGCAUGAACAUUUCUUCAAGACCACCCGUUGUGCAUCUUGGAGCUAUUUUGACCCUGGAUUCUGUCAUAGGAAAAGUUGCAAAGGUUGCAAUAGAUGCUGCAGUGGAAGAUGUAAAUGCCAAUUACAGCAUUCUUCAUGGAGCAAAACUGGUCCUCAAGAUGCAGGAUUCCAACCAUAGUGGAUUUCUUGGUAUUGUUGAGGCUUUACAGUUCAUGGAGACCGGUAUCGUGGCCAUUAUAGGUCCUCAAUCUUCUGUUUUAGCUCAUGUGAUCUCUCAUGUGGCAAAUGAACUCCAAGUCCCUCUUGUAUCCUUUGCAGCGACUGACCCAACACUCUCUUCACUUCAAUACCCUUUUUUUGUGAGAGCAGUGCAAAAUGAUCUGUUCCAGAUGGCUGCAGUUGCUGAGAUUGUUGACCACUACAAUUGGAGAGAAGUAACUGCUAUCUUCAUUGAUGACGAUCAUGGGAGAAACGGAGUAGCUGCAUUAGGGGAUCAACUUGCUCAGAGAAAUUGUAAAAUCUCUUAUAAAGCAGCUAUGAGCCCUCAAACGGCCCAGGACGACAUUGCCAAGGUACUGGCUAAGGUAGAAAUGAUGGAGUCACGGGUUCUAAUUCUACACACUUAUCCUGAGUUGGGUCUCAAGGUAUUUGAUUUGGCCCAUAAUCUUGGAAUGACAGGAACUGGAUAUGUUUGGAUAGCUACCAGUUGGCUCUCUACCAUCUUAGAUACUAAUUUACCCCUCCCUUCAGUUUCCAUGAACUCGAUCCAAGGAGUUAUCACUUUGCGUGUGCAUACACCAGAAUCGGAACAGAAAAGAAAAUUUUUCUCUAGGUGGAGUAACUUGACCAGGGAAACUAAAAGUCGUCCUUUUGGGUUGAGUGUUUAUGGUCUAUAUGCAUAUGAUACUGUAUGGAUGGUAGCUCAUGCAAUUAAUGCAUUCUUUGAUCAGGGUGGGACUAUUGCAUUUUCCCAUGACCAGAGACUGAAGGAUGGGCAUGGAGGGAAUUUGCACCUUGAAGCAAUGAAAAUUUUUACAGAAGGGAAACUGUUUCUUAAGAACAUUUUGCAGAGCAAUCUUACAGGUUUAACUGGCCCUAUUCAGUUUACUUCGGAUGGUUCCCUCAUUCACCCUGCCUAUGAUAUCAUCAAUGUGAUUGGCUCUGGUUUCCAGAGGAUUGGGUACUGGUCUAACUAUUCUGGGUUAUCAGUUUUGCCUCCAGAAACGCUCUUCAUAAAGCCACCUAACCGUUUGAGUUCCAAUCAACAACUACAAAGUGUAGUCUGGCCUGGGCAAACAAUGAUCAGGCCUCGUGGGUGGGUUUUACCAAACAAUGGAAGGCAGUUAAGAAUAGGAGUCCCGAAUCGAGUUAGUUAUCGUGAAUUUGUCUCACAAGCGAAAGGCAGUGAUGUAUUUCACGGAUAUUGCAUAGAUGUGUUUACUGCUGCUCUAAACUUAUUACCAUAUGGUGUUCCAUAUAGAUUCAUCCCGUUUGGGGAUGGUCAUAAGAGCCCAAAUUACAAUGAUCUUGUCAAUUUGAUCGCAACAGAUUUCUUUGACGCUGCUAUAGGGGAUAUUGCAAUUGUCACAAGCCGUACAAGGAUUGUGGAUUUUACACAGCCAUAUAUGGAAUCUGGGCUAGUUGUGGUGGCACCUGCUACUGAGUCAAAAUCCAGUCAAUGGGCUUUCCUACAGCCAUUUACCCCAAUGAUGUGGUUUGUUACAGGUAUACUUUUUCUUGUUGUAGGAGCAGUGGUGUGGAUUUUGGAGCACAGAACAAAUGAUGAGUUCCGGGGCCCUCCUAAAAGGCAACUUAUCACCAUUCUAUGGUUUAGUUUCUCAACUAUGUUUUUCACCCAUAGAGAAAAUACUGUCAGCACACUUGGUCGCCUAGUGCUGUUCAUUUGGUUAUUCGUGGUUCUGAUAAUCAACUCUAGUUACACUGCCAGCUUGACUUCAAUCCUCACGGCGCAACAACUAUCUUCACCCAUCAAAGGGAUUGAAAGUUUGAUAGUAAGCAAUGAGCCCAUUGGCUUUGCACAGAGUUCUUAUGCUGAGAACUAUCUGAGUGAGAUACUUAACAUUCCCAAGUCAAGGCUUGUUCCUCUGGGUUCAGCAGCAGAAUAUGAGCGAGCUCUCCAAGCUGGUCCCAAUAAGGGUGGUGUUGCCGCUGUGGUUGAUGAGCGUGCAUAUGCUGAGCACUUCCUCUCAACUCGAUGCAAAUUCACAAUUGUAGGCCACGAGUUUACCAAUUUUGGAUGGGGAUUUGCCUUCCCGAAAGAUUCCCCCUUGGCAGUUGACAUGUCAACUGCCAUUCUGACACUGUCCGAGAAUGGAGAUCUCCAGAGGAUCCAUAACAAGUGGUUGACGAGAAGGGCCUGCAAUUCACAAGGGGCGAUGCUUGAAUCAGACCAGCUUCAACUUCGGAGCUUCUGGGGCCUCUAUGCCAUAUGUGGGUCAGCAUGCUUUCUGGCUCUCCUUGUAUACUUCAUAUUGAUGGUACGACAGUUCAGCCGGCAUUUCUGCGAAAAGCCCGAGUCUUCUGAUCAAUCUAAUUCACGGUCCACAUGCCUACGAACAUUCCUGUCAUUUGUUGAUGAGAAGGAAGAGACGAUAAAGAUCAGGUCUGAAGGAAGACGAUCGGAAAGGUCCUUACAUAGCAACAAAAAGGAAAAUGAAUCAACAAAUGUUUCCAAGAGAACGGAUGGGGAAAUAUGUUCAGAUGACAAUAUUUAUGAUGGCAAUUAGCUCAAUUAUUAGUUUUGCCAGACCACAAAGAUUUUAAAGAUUUUGUCAAUUCUCUUGUAGAUUCUGAGUAUGCAAUCCAAUUUGUACCCUGUUAUGAAAUUCCUGACUUGUACAACCAAAAAGGAGAAAAAAAAUCCUGACUGCAAGUUGCAAUUAAGUAGCAU